AUGUGGAGUAACGCACAGCCCUUCUUGUCCGCUCGGACCACCACACUCAUUGCGCUGUCGCUGGGCUUGCUUUCCGACCACCAACUGCAUCUUUCCACCAUGACAGGCCGAUUUGCACCCGCUCGGGGCGAGAUGCUCUCACUUUCGUCUUCGCUCACCAUGGUCGACGGCCACACCAUGCCUCGAUUCGGUAUUGGAGCCUGGGACAUGCGCGGCGCCGAGUGUCGCACUGCGCUCCAGCACGCCUUUCGUGCAGGCUAUCGACAUGUCGAUUCGGCACGAUACUAUCGGAACGAAGCUGAAUGCGGAGCGUCGAUUCGCGAGUGUGGCGUUGCCCGCUCGGAGAUCUUUGCCACCACCAAGCUCUACCUCAACGACAUGGGUGGUGGCGCCAAGACCCGUUCUGCCGUCGAGGACAGUCUAGCCAAAUGGGGGCUCGACUAUCUCGACCUUGUGCUGCUGCAUGCUCCCGACGGAGGCAAGCGUUUUCGUCUCGAUUCAUGGGCUACGCUGACCGAGCUUGUCCAAGAGGGCCGCAUCCGCAGCCUCGGCGUCAGCAACUUUGGAGCUCACCACAUCAGGGAGCUUCUCGACAGCAAUCCGGCGGUGCGUCCGGUAUGCAACCAGAUCGAGUGCCAUCCAUUCUUUGCACAGAAGGAGCUCAGAGCCGCGUGCGAAAAGGAAGGCAUCAUCGUGCAAGCGUACUGCCCGCUGGCAAGGGGCCAGUACUACGGCGACAAGACGCUCAAGAAGGUCGCCGACGAGACGGGCAAGACCCAAGCACAGGUCAUGCUGAGAUGGCUCGUCCAGCACGGCAUCGUCGCUCUACCGAAGAGCAGCAACCCGCAACGCCAAGUGGAAAACGCCGACAGUCUGAAGUUCGAGCUCUCGGAUGAGCAGAUGAAAGCCUCCACUCUCUCUUCUCUUGCCUUCUCUCCUCAUCAUCCCGACCUUCUCGAGCCUGCCCCACUGCAACCCACACGCGCUGCUCCUCUUCCUAAAACGCACACGCUGUGGAGAAUGCCCUUUCUCGGGCCCGAAGCAUCCACCUCGAUCUCCUGGAACGGCAUCGUAGACGCCGGUACCCACGCCACAUCCACCGCCUCGACGGACGCUCUGCCAGGCGCAGCGACGUGGCCGCCCUCGGCUGCGUCUUUAUCCACAGCACAGUCGCACAUGGACAGCUCGGCACCCGUGGGCAUCACCGAGAUCAACCUCGUCUCGUCGCCGCCCACCAGCCAUGCCACAUCGCCACUCCGCCCUUCGGCACGCAACAAUCUCCCCAGUCCAUCUGAGCUGAGAGCGGGCUCCAAGGCUGCUAUCUCGACUGCCACGGCGGCGAGGCUCGAAGGCGCCUUUGUGGCGAAUAGCGAUCCCGAGGACGGAGGCGAAAUCGAAGCCGACGGAGCAGAUACGCCGCGAGACCGCUCCAGGUCGCCGGAACAGGUAGACGUACCGGAAAGUACGGUGUACGUGCAGCUGCCUGCGUCGUCUCCCUCCAUGGCGGUACACAGCGGUAGCGCCUCGCGGAGGAAGAACAAGGGCGCAAGCGGUUCGGAUAGCCCAAAGCGUCGGCGACGCGGCUCGAAAUCGUCCGAGACCUCGCGGCCGGGCGCGUCCAGUGUGGUGGACGACGCUGCGCUUGCGGCGCAGCUCGCGGCGCAGGAAGCAGCGCUCGCGCGUCGACGCCCCACGCGCGGUAGCCGCAAGGACGUGAGCUACAGCCCCGUGUGCGAUCUCGACGGCAAGCCGCUGCGGAAGAAGCAGGCAGCUGCGGCAGCGCCAGCCAGCUCGUCGGCUUCGACUUCUAAGGACAAGUCGAAGAGGACCACACCGACGCGCAAGGCCAGUGGAAAGCGUCGGUCGCGCGUCUUUUCAGAUGACGAGGAUGAAGAUGAGCAUGCAGAUGCUGGCUCGAGUAGCGCAGCUCCGGCGAAAGCGUUGGCGGCAGAGAAGGAGGGCGGUGGGGAGGAGCAGCACGAUGCGGAUCUGACGGACGAAGACGUCGGCUUCCAGGCGCGCGACAGGAAGAAGCCGAGGAAGAGCAAGCCAGGUCGGGCGGAGGAAACACAAGAGCCGGAUGUGGCUCGAGCGGAAGCAUCGACGCCCGGAAACAAAGGCAAAGCCCGUAGACGCCACGACGAGGAAGAGGAGAUGCACAGCGAUGCAUCCGGCGGCGAUGGGGAUGACGGCAUCCUCACGCCUCCUGCACCCACCUCGCCGCGUCGCAAGUCUGGCAAACGUAAUGCUUCUCCGGAAGUGCAAGCUGCAGAGCCAGACACCAACUCUGCAGCCAGUGGGGUUCAAAUGGCCAAGACGCAGAGUGGGGACGAAGACGAGCAGGAGAAGGGGGACUCGGCUGCUUCGCCACGUUCAUCGGCAGCCUCGGCGGAAGCCGCCGCAUCUGGGCGCAAAACGCCCGCCACGGUGGCGAUCAAACGCGUGGGCACCACCUCUUCACCCUCUGCGUCACCCAGCACCCGCUCGUUCUUCGGCAAGCCGCUCACGUCGCUUCUCACAGGCACGGUUCGCCGCCCGGGCCUCACACGCAAGACCAACAUCCCGUCUCUGCUCGCGCACCGCGCGGCGCCCAAACCUCCCGCGCCCAAGCUGGCGGUGUCGAAGCGGCGGAUGCAGGACGACGACUACGAGUACGACGCGGCGUACGAGGCGCUCAUCGCCAAGCCCGAACCCGACUCCUCCGACUCGGACGAACCGGCUCCGAACCAAGUGGAGUAUGAAGAAGAGUACGAUUGA